GGCAAAAGAAUAUUGAAAGUCAAAUCGCGAAAUGGACUCCGAAGAAGCUCGGUUAGCUAACCAGGAGAGAAUGCAACGAGGGGAGCUGUAUCACGCCUUUACUCCAGAUUUAAUUGCUGCUCGAUCCCGUUGCGCUAGAGCUUGUCGCCGAUUCAAUCACGCUGAAGACGUCCCCCGUCGACGUCUUGUAGAGCUUUGGAGAGAUAUUGUUCAGGAUAAAACCCCUCUCCCACCCCCAAAAGAGGAUCCCAUGGAAGAUGAAGCUCUCUUCGAGGAUGAACCUUGGAUAGAGGCACCUAUCCGAAUGGAUUACGGCUACAAUGUGAAAGUGGGGGAAGGCGUCUUUAUCAAUGCCAACUGCCACAUUAUCGACACUUGUCUAGUGACUAUUGGAGCACGGACGCUAUUCGGUCCUAAUGUGCACCUAUAUAGCGGAGUCCACCCUUUAGAUCCUUCUCUACGCAAUGGAACCAAAGGCCCUGAGUCAGGAAAGGAAAUCCACAUCGGGGAGGAUUGUUGGUUAGCCGGGAAUGUCACCGUUCUCCCGGGGGUGACGAUAGGGAAAGGUGCAACCAUUGGAGCGGCAAGUGUAGUCACCAAGGUACGAAUAUCUUGCCCUAUUUCCUUUUAUCUUAAAACCUUAUUGAGCUGAUGUAUGCAUGGAAUGGUUUAGGAU